AUGAGUCUGUGGAACACCGCCUGGCUCUCCAUCUGCUACUGUGUGAAACUCGUCACCGUUACCCACCGGAUCUUCCUCUGGGUGAAAAUGUGGUUUCCCUCUUCCAUCACCAAACUCCUCAUAGGAUCAGCAAUAUGGUCUGUUCUGGUGAAUUUGCCUUUUAUCUGGACAGUACAGAUCAUGUUUCCACAGAACACAAAUAUUACUGAUGGGUCAGUACGUUCUGCAAUGAAGUUGAAAAUCCUUUAUACUGUGCUAAACCUGCUGCUGAGUUACGUCCUGCCCUUUACCCUGACUGCCAUCUGUAUUGGGCUCAGUGUGAUGUCUCUCCUGCACCAUGUCUGGAGGAUCAGGCAGAACGUGUCCCAGGACAGCUCAUCCCCUCAGCUCCAGGCUCUUGUUCGGGCGGCUGUGACAAUGACGCUGCGUGUGGUGCUGGACCUGACCUUCCUUAUUAUCCUUAUUUAUACAUUUGCUGUGUCUCUCAAUGUCAGUCCUGUCAUAGAAACAUUAUUCUGGGUGUAUCUCAUCUCAUAUCCAUCUGUACAAGCUUUCAUACUAAUCUUUGGAAACCCCAAAUUGAAGCGAAGUCUCAUGGUCAUUAGGAACAGGCAGGAUGUGUAG